AUAGAACUUACCAGGGUUCAGUGCUCUACUGAUCUUUGUGAGGCUUCUCUUUGAUGUCACGAGUCCACGAUGAUUGAAGAGACAUAUCUAGGCCUAGCUUUCUAUAAGGACGUAGAGGAAUUAUGAAAUUGAAAGACAGGACAUAUUAUCUGUGAUAAUAUCGCAAAACACCAGUAUUUACUCCCUAGUUCUCUUGUAUUCUAGGUAUCUUGUCAGGACAACCUACUAUAUUAUCGAAGCUCCCCUUCGGACCUGGGUUGUCGGAAGGCUUUUUGAUAAUGCCUGGCCCUACUAACUCCUCGUCUCCUGAACUGUGUUUGCUUUCACUAGAUGGCGGCGGUGUCCGGGGUCUAUCCACUCUAUAUGUCCUCCAGGGCAUAAUGAGGCGCGUUAACGAAGAAAGAAAGAAAGCUCAGCUGAGCCCUGUAAAGCCAUGUGAGCUUUUUGAUCUAAUCGGCGGCACAAGCACUGGUGGACUUAUUGCAAUCAUGCUUGGCCGACUUGAGAUGGACGUGGAAGACUGUAUCGAGGCUUACAAAGCCCUGUCCAAAGAAAUCUUCCAAAAAAGUUCCUGGUUGCCCGUGAAAGGCAAUCUCAAGAUUAAGGGUCGAUUUGACUCUGCCACUCUUGAGAGGUGUAUCAAGAACAUUAUUGCACAGCAAAUUGACCCAGGGAAAGACCCUGACAAGGAGUUGCUUAAUGAUGGAAACAAAAGAAGAUGCCGAGUUUUUGUUACCGCAACGAGUAAGGAUAUUGAUACCGAAACGGUCCGGUUUCAGUCGUUUGAUUCCACACGGGAGGGAAUCCCUGUUGCGGCUACCAUUUGCCAGGCUGCGCGGGCAACAUCAGCCGCGACAACAUUCUUCGAGCCUGCGACGGUCGGUGACUCGGAUCAGCAGUAUGUAGACGGUGGCUUGGGGGCUAAUAAUCCGAUUUAUGAGCUUUGGGAGGAGGCGAAGGACAUCUGGUCGCCAGAAAGUGGUCAUGUGGCCGACUUGGUGAAAUGCUGCGUGUCCAUCGGAACCGGCCACCCAAGAACGACACCGGUCGCCGACGGAGCAUGGAGACUUAUGUCCGAGACACUUGCCAACAUUGCAACGGAAACCGAGAAAACUGCGGAGCGAUUUCGCCGACAAUACUCGGAGAUGUUUGAGGCCCACCGCUGCUUCCGCUUCAAUGUCGAUCAGGGUUUGCAGGAGGUUGGUUUGGAGGAAUAUAAAAAGUUCCCACAAGUCAUGUCAGCAACCAGCAGGUAUCUUAAGGCAGAGGUUGUUCGUGGAGACCUGAAGCAUUGCGCUGAGCGCCUGAAGGAAAAGGAUUCAGACGAAGCCUCGUAUUCCUUGACCCAGCCUUUUCCCAUUUCAGUAAUAUCACGGAAGGGCUCUCAACUAGACUGGUUCUUCUGUGGCAUGAAUGGCAAAGUUUAUACGUCCUGGUGGUCCGACGGGCAAACAUCGCCGGAAGAGUGGACAUUACUCAAGGGCGAGUUCGCAGCUGGCUCGAAAGUCACGGCCGUAUCCAGGACAGAGAACCAGAUUGACCUGUUUGUGUAUCAUUCGGGUAGUGUCUAUACCAGCUGGUGGAAUGAGCAUACUACGUGGUCAAGCCUGGGUGGGUGGCUUCCGGUAGUCAAUAAAUUUGGCUGGGUGGGAGACAUCGCUCGAGCUCUUCAUCCGACUAUGUGUCCAUUAGGUUGGGAAAUAAUAGGUGGAACAUGCCCUGGCACCUCGGACAUAGCAGCUGUUUCUCGGAUGCCCACGCAUCUUGAUUUAUUCAUCUGCGGAAGGGACGGAAAUAUAUACACCUCCCACUGGAAUAAGUUUUCGAAGACCUGGCUUAACUGGGCAAUCACACGGAGCAACAACACCCCCUUUCCGGCUGGAGCGAAAGUAUCGGCUGUGUGUCGGAAGGAGACGGAUCUUGACAUAUUCGCAUGUGCGGCAAAUGGAGAAGUCUACACCACCCACUAUGACGAGGAUUCAAGAAUGUGGUCUGACUGGUGCAUGAUCGGGGGAAACCACCAGACCCCUCAGUUCCCACCUGGCGCAAAUGUGUCGGCCGUACAUCGCACGCCGACCGAACUCGAUGUGUUUAUCUGCGGGCAGGAUGGACGGAUUUACACUUCUCAUUGGCACGAGGGCCUCGGUACAUGGUUUGACUGGAGCAUCAUUGGUGAUACUCAGCAAAGUCCACGCUUCCCUGUGGGAGCAAAGAUAUCUGCUGUGUCAACAUCCAGCAAGCUGCACCUUUUCGCCUGCACUGCUCGUGGUCAAGUCUACCAUUCAAGGAAAGAGAGUCAGUGGACGAAGUGGGAACCUGUUGGCGAGAGGAAUUUCCUUGGGGCAACGGAGGUGGUGGCUGUGCACCGGAGAGACAGCCACCUGGACUUAUCCGUUUGCGACCGCGACGGACUAAUCUGGAGAAGGGACUUCUACUACGGAAAUGACUGGGAGGCGAUUAGGAGGAGAUAUCCAGGUGCUCCGCAGUGACUUCUCCCUUUAUAAGGCGUCAGUGGGUUCAUGUUUCCGUAGUAUAUUACUACCAGGAUAAGUGAAGAGGAUCCCAAGAGACACACGUGAGUCGUCACUGAUGGCUUGAUACUCCUUCAUUCCAAUAAUGCGGACAAAGUUUGGUGCGUAUCCAUCGAUUCAAGGACAAUAAAGAGCCAACAUGUUUUGUACAAUGGUAUUUACCUCGUUAAGGUCAAUUGCCUGAAAGAUAACUAGUACAUUAUUGUUGGUCGAAUUGGAGAAUCUGGAGAAGGCAGUCGAGGUCAAGAUUGCCCUGUGAAGGCACAUAAUGGGAGGGAAGCUUGUGGCUGCUUGGGCAGUCACUGAUAGUGGGACGUGGAAUUCACCAUAAUAUAAUGAUUCUAACAGAAA